AUGAAGCUCCUUCACUCCCGAGCUCUGCUAUCUGCCUCUCGGAGUGCAUCGUGCAGAGGCACCCGAUGUACUGCUAUAUGGCCGGUCCAAUCGUUACCACAUAGUCCACCGCAGCAAUGGCACCUCUACCGAACCCUCACCACCAGUGCAACCCCAUCACCCAGCACGAACACCCACCAAGAUGACCAAACCCUCUCUCUAUCAACCCAAGUCCGCCUUCUCAUGCGUCAGGUCCCCUACCCAGUUGCAAUUAUCACAUCAACCGACCCCGCCCCGUCUAAAACACAUCAUACCGAGACAGAGUCAAACCUAACAUCCCAAUUCCGCGGCAUGACUGUUUCCUCCUUCAACACCGUAACUCUCACCCCACAACCCGUCAUCUCAUUUAAUGUGCGCCGACCCUCCGAAACUCUGCAUGCGCUCCUCUCCUCAGGUAGAUUCCUCGUGCACCUCCUGGCAACAAAUCCACACACCGCAGCAUUAGCACGGGACUUUGCGCGCGGAAACCAGAACCUCGCCCUAGGGGAGGGCGAGUUCGAGUUCGUGGGAGUUAAGCCCUCCACUAGCUUCCCUGCCAAUGUGGGAGAUAGUCAAUCAGUGCCCUCCCCUCCCCUGCCUCUGCUUCAAAGAAGACCGAAGAAGCAGAAUAUAAACCCCUCGGCCGAAUCCGCAUCCACGCCUAGCUGCUUCCCGUUUAUAUUCGAGUGCCAGAUUCUCCCACAGAGCGUUGUCAACGUGUAUGACCAUACUAUUGUUGUUGGGGCGGUCGUGCGGGCGAUAACGAGCGAGGGGGCCAAUGAGCUCGAGACCUCAUCUCAAGAUCUGUGCUUGACCUAUGCAAACACCAAGUUUUGGGAGGUUGGGGAUGAGGUGGUUUAA